GUGUGAGCAUCUUUACUGGAGACUGAGUUGAGCUUUGAGCAUCAUGAUGGCCUCCAGAAUGUUGCUCUUUCUUAAGCUGCUCCUGCUGACCUCCCUGGUCUCAGCGUCUCAUCACUGGGGAGGAACCAUGAACUUCGCCUACAAAGGAAGGAAUCCUGAUGGAUCAUAUAAGAUGUCCCUCCGAACCAGAGAUACUUAUGAUUCUUGUUCUAACUUCCAUUACUGGUACUGUUAUGGUGGGAACUGUGGCUCAGCCAUCACUCGAACCACAAAUCAAAUUGACACAAGCACCAACACACCAUCCUAUGAAAGCCGAUGGUGCGAAACUGAAACUGUUGAGACAUGGAGACUCCCUAAUGACAAACCAGUAAACAUCAGAACAGCCAGCUGCUGUUGGAUCUCAACCCGUAACUCAGUUAGUAACUGGAGGUUUGAUUCUCUUGUGGAUUUGGGAACAAGAUCUGACACGAGAGAACCAAAUAAAUCACCUGAUAUUGCCAUUGUUCCCUUCCUGAGAGUCCCUCAGAACUGCCCCAGAACAUACAAGCUGGCAGCCUUUGACCCUGAUGGUGACAGGGUCCGCUGCAGGUAUGGGAAUUUACACAAUUACGAGUGUGACAAUUGCCAUCUCCCUUCAGGCUUCCAGCUCGAUCAGGAUUCUUGCACAUUACGGUACCAGUACACCUCUUCAGACUCUAGAAUAUUCGGUAUGGAGAUGGUGGUGGAAGAUUUCCCACGUAGGACAGUUGAUUUGUCCUAUUCAGAUGGAUCGCGUGUUCGCAAGCAUCCACUGCCUUCAAGGAGAAAGAGACAAGCUACAACCACUGCUCCAAUAACCACUCCAUGGUGGUGGUGGACAACAACACCUGCACCCGCUACUCCAACCAUCAACUCAUGGUGGUCUUGGACAACACCUGCAACCCCUACUACAGUCAUCAGCUCAUGGUGGCCGUGGGGAACACCGGCAGCCACAACUACUACAACAGCACCUACAACUACUGCUGCUCAAACAACCACCCAUCCAUGGUGGUGGUGGACAACAACAACACCAACGACUACAGCUGCUCAAACAACCACCCAUCCAUGGUGGUGGUGGACAACAGCAACACCAACGACUACAGCUGCUCCAACAACCACCCAUCCAUGGUGGUGGUGGACAACAGCAACACCAACGACUACAGCUGCUCAAACAACAACCCAUCCAUGGUGGUGGUGGACAACAGCCUCACCCACCACUACAGCUGCUCCAACAACCACCUCGUGGUGGUGGUGGACAACAGCAACACCCACAACUACAGCUGCUCCAACAACCACUCCUUGGUGGUGGUGGUCAACAACAACUACACCCCGUGCUACAACAACCAACUGGUGGUGGACAACAACUGCACCUACCACGACACCCCGCAUAACAAAUGUGAGCAGUACCCCCCUUAGCAAGCUGCCUCUACAGUUCUCUUUUCUAGUGGACCCACCUGUUGCUACUUGUCAGGCGGGACUCUACCUGCCUCUACUUGUGGCUCCAACACCUGCAGAUGGACAACGUGUCAUGGCAGAGGUCAACAAAGAGAUAGAGAUCAGAGUCAAAGCCCAGGCUGCAUAUUCAGUAGUCCAGAACAUCAUCUUCAGCGGCCCAUCAAAUGUUACCAAGCACAGGGUCGUUAACAAUGAGUUUGUGAUCAGGUGGACACCAGUGGUAGAUGACCUGGGAGAACAUUAUCCAAUCUGCUUUGCCGUAGAAGCAGCAGGCGGGGGUCGAUUAUAUCACUCUGAGAUGCGGUGUGUUCUGGUGGAAAUCCGCAAGCAUCAAAUUGAAGCCACAGUGACCUGCACUGACACCACAAUGAAGGUUGAGGUUGAAAAAGCCUCUUUCUAUGGAUUUCAAGAGGAUCAUCUUCGUCUCAGUGACCCCGGACCCACCAUGUGCAGUCUUAAUAGGUUAUCCAACAGCAGCCACAUAGUCGCCAUCGUUCCUCUCAAUGGCUGCGGUACUCAGAUCGAGGAAGAUGAUGAUUACCUCAUUUUCAAGAAUGAGAUCACAACGGUGGAUGACGCUCCCACUGCAGUGAUCACCAGGAAGCAUCUGUUGGAGGCACGGUUUGAGUGUCAGUACCCCAAACGGGGCAAUGUGACCCUGAGCUUCUCAGCACACAGAGACAGCAUCACAUUGUAUGAGAAAGGUAUGGGCACGUUCACCUACCAGUUUGAGUUCUACCAGAAUGACCAGUUCGGAGCCAUGUUCAGCCCAAAUUCAUACCCGCUGGAGUUUGACGUCGGAGAAAGGAUCUACAUGCAGCUUAAUGCCAGCUCCACUGUCAACAACACUGAGAUGUUUGUAGAAUCCUGCAGAGCUGCACCGUAUGACAACCCCAACUAUCACACAUCAUACUCCAUCAUUGACAACGGGUGCAAUGUUGAUCCGACUGUGCAGACAUACACCGCACCCGAUGACAAAGUGUUCAGGUUCAGCAUGGAGGCCUUUAAGUUUAUCGGAUUAUACGAUCAGGUGUACAUCAGCUGCACAGUCAUGAUGUGUGAGGCAGGAAACCCCAACACCAGGUGCUCUCAGGGAUGCAUGAACUCCACAGGGUUCAACCAUUUUGGCCGCGCUAAGAGAGAGGCUGCAGUCCAGAGCGGAAAGCACUUAGUUUCUCAGGGUCCUCUGCGUCUGAAGCGUGAAGCAGACCCCAGAGGAGGCUCAGCACUAAAUCUCAACCUGAACCUGGUGUUUGUUGCUGGAUGCCUUCUUGUUGCUGUCGGGAUGGUCUGUGGCGUCCUCAUCUACAAAACCAAAACCUCCAGGGCCAAAUACCAACCUCUGCCCUCAUAUGAAAACUAAACUACAUGCAUCUGCGGGUUAUUUUAAAGUGGGAAGUUUUUUAACUAAUGAAGUCUUAUAACAUCCUUUAAAGAUGCAAACAGCUGCACACAUUUAACAUCCAGUUGUGUUGAUGCUAAAGAAGAAAAACCAGCUGAAAAUACAACUAGAAGAUCUUAACUUUGCACUGAAGUUGCUGAGUUUAUUGUUCUGCCUUGACGAUUUGUUUUCUCCUGUUUUAUUUUCAUUUUAUCCUAUAAAGAUGGAUGAAAUGCUUGUUUCUAUUGUGUUAUAAUCAACCACUUCUGAACUAAUGUAUCUUAAUCUGUUAUAUAAAUUUUUGAUAUAGGGGCCAAUUUUUGGAAGGUUUAUUUUUCCUUUUUCAAUUUCUUUUUGUGUUUAAAGCUGGACUUAAAUGGUUUAUUAAAAAUAAUAAGUGAAA